GGCCGGCGGGCACCGAGCGGCGCCGGCGGGACCGAGGCCGCAGCGGGCGGCGAGGCGGGGUCGGGCGGCCAAGCAGCCAUGCCUACCUGGGGGGCCGGCUCCCCGUCCCCUGACCGCUUUGCGGUGUCUGCGGAGGCCGAGGACAAGGUGCGGGAGCAGCUGCCCCGCGUGGAGCGCAUCUUCAGGGUGGGGAUGAGCGUCCUUCCGAAGGACUGUCCUGAGAACCCUCACAUCUGGCUGCAGCUGGAGGGCCCCAAAGAGAACGCCAGCAGAGCCAAGGAGUAUCUGAAGGGUCUCUGUAGCCCGGAGCUACAGAAUGAAAUCCACUACCCACCCAAACUGCACUGCAUCUUUCUGGGAGCCCAGGGCUUCUUCCUUGAUUGCCUGACUUGGAGCACAUCUGCCCACUUGGUGCCUGGAGUGCCCGGCUCGCUGAUGGUCAGUGGACUGACUGAGGCCUUCGUCAUGGUCCAGAGUCGAGUGGAGGAGCUGGUGGAGCGGCUGAGCUGGGACUUUCGUCUGGGGCCAUCCCCUGGAGCCUCUCAGUGUGCUGGAGUGCUGAGAGAGUUCUCUGCCCUGCUGCAGGCCCGGGGGGAUGCCCACACAGAGGCCCUGCUGCAGCUGCCCCAGGCCAUCCAGGAGGAGCUGCUGAGCCUGGUGCAGGAGGCAUCCCGGGGGCAGGGGCCCCAAGCAUUCCUGUCCUGGGGGUGGGGGGGCCCAGGUCCGCUGGGCGCUCAGCAGCAGGGAGUCAGGACUCCCCUGGGUGACAGUGGAGUGUCUCUGGACACGGGACCUACAGGGUGGCAAGAGUCAAGGGGAGAGAGACAUGCUGUGGAGAAGGAUGGGACAAAGCAGGGUGGUGCCAGGGAGAUGGAUUUGGGGUGGAAGGAGUGGCCCGGGGAAGAGGCCUGGGAGAGACAAGUGGCCUUCAGGCCACAGUCGGGAGGAGGAGAGGCCGGGCAGGCAGGGCCUCCGAAAGGGAAGGCCCUGGGGAAGGAGGGAGUGCCCCAGGAAAGAGGAAGGCUCGGGGUCCAGGGCCAGCCUCCUGCUACCCAGGGCCCCUAUCAGAGGGCAUCUCAGCUCCGGGGAGCCUCCCUCCUCCAGCGGCUCCAUAAUGGGGAAGCCUCACCUCCAAGAGUGCCCAGCCCCCCACCCGCGCCUGAACCCCCGUGGCACUGUGGAGACCGAGGGGACAGGGGAGACCGAGCAGACAAGCAGCUGGUUGUGGCUCGAGGCCGGGGGUCUCCAUGGAAACGAGGCACCCGGGGGGGCAACUUGGUGACUGGCACACAGCGUUUCCAGGAGGCUCUCCAAGAUCCUUUCACCCUGUGCCUCGCUAAUGUGCCGGGCAAGCCAGACCUCCGCCAUAUCGUCAUCGAUGGCAGCAAUGUGGCCAUGGUGCACGGCCUCCAGCACUACUUCUCCAGCCGGGGCAUUGCCAUUGCCGUGCAGUACUUCUGGGACCGAGGCCACCGGGACAUAACUGUCUUUGUGCCUCAGUGGCGUUUCAGUAAGGACUCCAAGGUCAGAGAGGGUCACUUCCUGCACAAGCUGUAUUCCCUCAGCCUGCUCUCGCUCACACCCUCCCGGGUCUUAGAUGGCAAGAGGAUCUCCUCCUAUGAUGACAGGUUCAUGGUGAAGCUGGCUGAAGAGACCGACGGGAUCAUUGUCUCCAACGACCAGUUCCGGGACCUGGCAGAGGAGUCUGAGAAGUGGAUGGCAAUCAUCAGAGAGCGCCUGCUGCCUUUCACCUUUGUGGGAAACCUCUUCAUGGUGCCGGAUGACCCCCUGGGGCGAAAUGGCCCCACCCUGGAUGAGUUUCUGAAGAAACCGGUCAGGGCACCGGGGUCUUCUAAGCCUCAGCAUUCUGCCAGGGGCGUCACAGAGCACAGUAAUCAGCAGCCGGGGAGAAAAGAAGAGGAAAAAGGCAAUGGUGGCAUCCGGAAGACGCGGGAGACAGAGCGGCUUCGGCGCCAACUGCUGGAGGUGUUUUGGGGCCAGGAUCACAAGGUGGACUUCAUCCUGCAGCGUGAGCCGUACUGCCGGGACAUCAACCAGCUCUCUGAGGCCCUGCUUAGUCUCAACUUUUGAGCCUCACCUGGCUGAGUGGCUGCCCCCCCGCUCAGCUCCAGUCUCACCCAGUUCAGCUCAUCCUGUGAGGUUCCCUCUGCUGCUCACACCCCGCCCCAGUCUCCCCCUGAGUUGGUGCUUUGUGUCAGGGAAGUUCUGAGGAAGAGCAUUCAUAUGUGAGGAAUGCUCUGGUGUGGAGCACUUUGGGGACAGGUCCAUGACGUGACCUGAUCUCAUCUUGAGUCAGGACCUCGACCAGCUCUCAGGAGGUUCUUCUCAGCCUUAACUUCUCAACCUUGCCUUACGCAGGGUUUCUGUAGGGAGUGGGGGCUGCUGCAAGGGGUGGGUUCCGGAGAUUGGGACUGCCUCCUCCAUGCCGAACUGGGGGUGGAGGCUAGGGUAGGUGGGAGGGGAAUGGAGAACAGGUGGCCGGGAAGCUAAACCUUUCCUCCUCGUGGCUGCUGCUCUGAAGGCCAGAGGACAGGGAUGCUUCCCAGGCCUGGCUGGGUUCCUGGGCACACCAAAGGGAAUGCUGGCCCCUGGAAAGGCUAGUGUUCUGGGGUCUGGGUCACAGUGGGGCAGCAGCGAGCUGGUGGAGAAGGCAGAGGGAGGCUUGGCUUCUGGUCUCAGCUGUGCCUGCCUGUCACCUUGACCGAUCUUGGUCUUUACUUCUGCCUACAAGAUGGGGGUAAAAAUGCGUUGGGAGGAGAGAUGAGAACGUGGAGGAAAACCCUUUGGACGAAAGGUACUUGGACCAAGUCUCAGGUGUGUCUGUCUGUGGUUGCACAGGCUUCUUAACCAGAACCUCACUUUCAGAGAGCUGAGGGUCCUCUGUCCCCAGGGCCUGUGCCCUGGAUUUUAACACUGCACCCUCAGUAUAAUGUGCCCUGUAAUGGCUGCGUCCCUUUUGGGCAACCCUCCCCCCCAAUCCACAUUUACAGAACAGGUGAUUAGGGUGACUGCAUUACCAGUAAACUCUCAGGGUUUGUUCCUCUCAACGGCAGCUCUCCUGUUGCAUCCAGGUGUUUGUUUACAGAUGAACGAAUGUUUCGGAUAGUCCCAGUCUCUGGUUAACGCACUUGCUCGAGCGCUGAGCAGUCACCAAACCGAUGAAGCCAUGUUCUGUGAGGACAGCGAUCGUGUGACCCGACCCCAGCAUUUUCUCUACAGGACAGAUAUGUCGCAUAAAGUGAAUCCCACUUCUGCUCUGUGUGUGCGUGUGUGCAGAUGGGAAGGGUCUACAGAGGUUGUACCUAGAGGAACUAAUCUGGAAAAUGACAAUGGAAGGAUCAGUCGGACCAACUGCUGUCACCUCAGGACUUUCUUUGUCCACCUUGGUUCCUACAUGUCAUUGUCCUGUAUCUGCUUGAAGUCCUCCGGUGCCAGGGAAUCUACGACCUCCGAGGCAGCACAUUCAUCCAUAGACAGUACCAGUCAGUCCUUCCUUCAGUGCAGCCCUAAACAUGCUUCUGUUACUUCUACCGUUGAGGCCAGUCGUUCCCUCAGGAACAGUACAGAGCCAGGCAACUUCCUAGAGUCCAAGACCGGAUAAAGAAGUAGGACAGGUGCCUCUGGGUUCAGAGCUGUCUGAGCCCUGCAGCAAGUCCCUGGACAAGGCCCUCUUUUUAGGCUCUGACUUCUGCUGCCUGAGUGAUACAGGGAGUUGAAAUCACCUGAGAUCCUCAUACCAGCAACUAGCAUGUGGAGGUGAAUGAUGGAGGAGGCCCUUGGGUCCCAGUGUUGCCACCCUUCCCCAUGGCUGAGGCGCACACUGAGCAGGGCUGGGGGCAGUCGUAUUGGGGAGAGACUAGCUAGGGUGGUGACAAUGAUUGAAAGACAACCCACAGUCCCCUCAGAAGAAAAGAAACUGGUUAACAUGGUCUGAAUUGGGAGCUAGGGGAAUUACUUCUAGUUAAACUGUGGCAGAAGUCAGGGUUGAUAGAGGGAGAUGGUCCUCGAUGAAUACUUGGGACUUUUUUUCCCCCCAAAUGUUCAAGUUUGUAGUUUUUGAUAGGUUCCUUGUACCUUUCACUUUCAAUGCUGGUGGAUGUGCAGUGGGCUUGAGGUAACAUCUGCCCUUUUGUGCUAGGGACUCUGGUUGA